AUGUCUCGUUGGAAUAAGAAUCACAAAAUUGGUCCCAUUACUGAUAAUGGGGUCAAAAAAGCGGAAAACGAACCAAAAGAUGUAGAAACUAUAAAUAUUGAGCGAGAAGAAGUUUAUUGCGAUGUCGAAGAAGAUAACGAAUCAAAAAUAAUUUACGAACCCUCGAAAUUUGAAAAGUUUUUGAACUAUCUUUUGUGCCGAGGAGAUUUGGCGAAGCGUGAAUUAGAUGUGAAACCCGUCACAUUGGCCGGAUUGUUUAAAUUUGGAAAUACCACUGAUAUUUUGAUAUUAUUGCUUGGUAUUUUAUUUGCCACUUUGUCGGGAAUUGCUCAACCGGUUUUAACACUUCUAGCAGGUCGUGUCACAAAUGCAAUGAUUGUCUACUCUCCAACAAGUACCGAGUUUUUUGAAAGUGCUAUUGAGAACGUUUACCUGUUUGGUGGCGUUGGAAUUGUUGUGCUUAUCAUUAAUUUCUUGCAGUAUUUGUGCUUUCAAGUUUGUUGCAUACGAAUUGUGUCAAAAAUCAGGCACAAAUAUAUUUUGUCGAUUCUUCGACAGAACACUGGAUGGUUCGACAAAAAUCAUUCGGGAACACUGACCACAAAACUUAAUGAUAAUAUCAAUCGAAUUCGCGACGGAAUUGGAGAUAAGCUGGGAGUUCUUCUCCGUGGAAUUGUGAUGUUCACGUCGGGUCUUGUUAUUUCAUAUAUUUAUGAAUGGAGAUUAGCACUAUUUAUGACUGGUACAGCGCCAAUAUGUUGUAUCUGUAUGUCAUUGAUGUCAAGAACCAUUUCAAAAUAUACAUCAAAGGAGCUCGGCGAUAUCGGAAAGGCUGGUUCGAUUGCAGAAGAAUGUCUUAUGGGAGUACGCACUGUUCAAUCAUUAAAUGGGCAAGAAGAAAUGACGGAGAAAUACACCAACGAAUUGUCACAUGGAAGAAAAUACGCAAUUUUGAAAGGAGUUUCUGGAGGUUUCUUUGGCGGACUCUUUUUUCUGCUUCUUUUCUCAUAUCUUGGUGGAGGAUUCUAUUAUGGAGCUUAUUUAAUGGAAAUCAAAACAAUUGAAACUCCCGGAGACGUGUUCACUGUAGUUUUCUCUAUGCUUCUUGGAGCUUAUUUUCUUGGUCUUAUUUCUCCACAUCUCAUGGUUUUACUAAAUGCUAGAGUUGCCGCUGCUACAAUAUAUGAAAUCAUUGAAAGAGAACCGAAAAUUGAUGCCUAUUCAAACGAGGGAAAAAAACCGAUCCAUAUCAAUGGAAGGGUUACAUUUAACAACGUUCAUUUUCGCUAUCCGUUGAGAAAAAAUGUCAAAGUUUUGAACGGAUUGAAUUUGGUGGUCGAACCGGGAACGUCAGUGGCUCUUGUAGGACAUUCGGGUUGCGGAAAAUCAACUUCUGUCGGAUUGCUGACGCGAUUAUACGAGUGCGAACAAGGAAGCGUGGAAAUUGACGGGAUCGAUGUCAAAGAUUUGAAUAUUGAUUGGUUACGCCAAAACGUUGGAAUUGUGCAACAAGAACCUAUUCUUUUUAAUGACACGAUUCAUAAUAAUCUUCUCGUUGGAAACUUGCAAGCCACUAGACAAAAAAUGAUUGAAGUGUGCAAGAUGGCUAAUGCUCAUGAUUUCAUUAUCAAAAUGCCUAAAGGAUAUGACACCUUAAUUGGCGAUGGAGGAGUGCAAUUGUCCGGAGGUCAAAAGCAGAGAGUGGCAAUCGCGCGCACAUUGAUCAGAGAUCCCAAAAUAUUGUUGCUCGAUGAAGCAACUUCUGCUCUUGAUGCAGAAAGUGAAAGUAUUGUGCAAUCCGCACUCAACAAUGCAGCGGCCGGCAGAACAACUAUCAUGAUUGCACACAGAUUGUCGACCAUACGAGAGGCCGAUAAAAUUGUCUAUUUCGAAAAUGGCGUUGUUGUGGAAAGUGGAACUCACGAAGAACUUGUUGAACUUGGCGGCCGCUAUUAUAAUUUGGUUCAAGCUCAACAAUUCAAAUCAUCCGAAUCCGAUGAUGAAGUUUUUGAAGAUGAUGAAAAUAUUACCCCCACCGUUAGGUCAAGAACAGUUUCCCGUCAACUUUCAAUCAGAUCAUAUGAAAGUUUUGAUAUCGAAUCGCUUGUAAACACGUUGUCACCAUAUCACAAUAUUAUGGACCAAAGAGGGCAGGAAGAUGAAGAUUUCGCUGCAGAAGUCACACGUGUCAUGGAUGAAGAUGGAGCAAUUACGGCGGGUUAUAUGGAUAUUCUUAAAAACGCUGAAGGUAACUACUGGUAUUUGUGUUUUGGAUUUAUAACAGCUCUAUUCCGCGGUUGUGAACUUCCUUUACUCAGUGUCAUUAUGGGAGUAGUUUUUGACGGAUUUUCUAAAACUGGUGAUGAACGUUCGCAAAUUAUUCUACUCUGCUUCAUUUUCUACAUUGUUGUUGGGCUCAUCACUUUCCUUGGACAAUUUGCAAGUACUAUAUUAUUCACCAUUGUUGCGGAGAACCUUGGCUUACGUUUCCGUGUAAAAUCUUUUCGAAACCUCUUGCAUCAAGAUGCUUCAUUCUUUGACAACCCCGCGCAUUCCCCGGGAAAAUUGAUAACUCGAUUGGCUAGUGAUGCGCCAAAUGUGAAAGCGGUCGUUGAUUCACGAAUGCUCCAAGUCAUUUAUUCAAUCACUGCCAUAAUAGUAAACAUCAUCGUUGGUUUCUUCCUCUGCUGGCAAAUAGCGCUUCUCGAGAAUUUACGUCAGAUCAAGAAAGAUGAAGCUGGAAAAAUUUCCAUUGAAAUAAUCGAAAACGUCAAAACUAUUCAACUUCUAACCGCAACUAAGACGUUUUAUAAAAAAUAUGAACAAGCUUCGGAUUCGCAAAAGAAAAUUGACAUACGAAAAGCUAUUAUAGAAGCUGUUAACAAUGCAGUUUCACAAUCAUUCAUGUAUUUUAUGAUGUGCAUGGCUUAUGGAUUAGGAACACCAUUGAUCCACAACCAAUUUGUUGAUGCUGCAAGUGCCUUUAGUGCAAUCAAUACAAUGCUGCUGAGUUCCGUCGCUGUGAUGCACUCUUCUCAUAACUUUCCGGAGUUUGUUAAGGCAAAAACUGCUGCCGGAAUGCUCUUCAAAAUGAUAUAUCGUCAGUCAAAGACUGGUGAUUUGAUGCAAGGGGAGACUCCUGAGAUUCGCGGAAAUAUAUUGUUCGAGAAUGUCAAGUUCUCAUAUCCACAACGUCCUCUUCAACCGGUCAUGACUAACCUUCACUUCUCAGCUCAACGCGGUCAGACAGUUGCUAUUGUUGGCCCCUCAGGAUCCGGUAAAAGUACCUGCAUCAGCAUGCUUGAGCGUUUCUAUGAUACCAAUGCUGGUUGCAUUAGAAUUGAUGGAAAUGACAUCAGAAAUCUUUCGUUGCAUCAUAUUCGAACACAAAUGGCGCUAGUUGGUCAGGAGCCUAGGCUGUUUGCGGGAACAAUUAAAGAAAACAUCUGCCUGGGAUUGAAGGAUGUGCCGCUCGAAAGGAUAAAUGAAGCUUUGAAACUAUCAAACGCCUCGAGAUUUAUGUCAAGUCUUCCUGCAGGAAUCGACACGGAAGUUGGAGAGAAAGGCUCGCAGCUUUCAGGAGGUCAGAAGCAAAGAAUUGCAAUUGCUCGAGCUCUUGUGCGCAAUCCUAAAAUACUUUUGCUCGAUGAAGCAACAUCCGCACUUGACUCUCAAUCAGAAAAGGCAGUUCAAGAAGCUUUAGACCGAGCAAGAACAGGGCGAACAUGCAUAACAAUAGCCCAUAGAUUGUCAUCAAUUCAAAACGCAGACUUAAUCGUGUAUAUUGAACACGGAAUAGUGCAAGAAGCCGGAAACCACCAACAGCUUAUGCAACGGAAGGGAAAAUACUACAACCUUAUUAAGAAGCAAGACCUUGCCACAUAA